UCACUGAUUCGCCAAUCUCGGCUCUCUCGGCUUUCUAGCACCGUUGCGCCGAGAUAAUCGACGGGAAGCCCAGUACCGCCGCUAUAUAAAAGGUAAAAGGACAGUAUUCGUACUCUCCAUCUUAAUUGUGACCAUAUACGAAAGACUAUUAUUCACUAUGGCUGAUGUUGUGAACUCGAUCUCUGCAAAAUUGCGUAUUUCUCCCACCCUGGAGAUCAAUGAACUAGUCUUGAAGGCUCGCGCAGAAGGCAAACAUGUCAUCCAUUUGGGCUUUGGCGAGGCCACAUUUCCCAUCCAGCAAGACGUCCUUCAGGCCCAUCGGGACGCAUCCAAUGAAACAAGCUAUAUGCCGGUAGGCGGCGUAGAGGCUUUGCGAGAGUCUAUUGCGAACUUCAACUCGGAUCGUCUAGGUGUUGAGAUCAGUCCUGAUCAGGUCGUCGUUGCUCCCGGGUCAAAGCCCCUACUUUUUGCCUUGUUUGAUAUACUAGACGGCGCUGUCUUACUUCCUCGCCCCUCGUGGGUCAGUUAUGAGCCGCAAGUGCUGCAUGCCGGGAAAAAGCUGUUCUGGAUCGAGACGGACCCUGUCGAUCGCCACAGUAUUACCGAAUCAUCCCUUCUCUCUGCCUACCAGAAAGCAAUCUCAGAAGGAUGCGUCCCUCGCAUUAUGUUGAUCAACAGCCCAUCAAAUCCGACAGGACACGUCUUUUCCGCGAAUUGUGUUCAAACUAUCAAAGAAUUCUGCAAAUCAAAGGCGAUAACUCUGAUCACAGACGAGAUCUAUUCCGAUAUUUGCUUCGAUGAUGCUCAGAAAAGGAUAAGCGCGUUUGACCGCAACGCCGAUGAUUCCGAAACUGUGAUCCUUACCGGCGGGCUUUCCAAGACGUACUCGGCCGGUGGCUGGCGGGUGGGGUAUGCCAUUUUCCCCUCUUCCCCAAAAGGCGAAACGAUCCGCAAGACAGUCCUCGCAUAUGCUUCCGAAUGCUGGUCCGCAGCCUCCGCACCGGCUCAAUUGGCAUCCGUCAAGGCCUUUUCCACGGGCGAGGCAAUGCGCAGCUACCGCAAAUCUGUGACUGCCUUGCAUCGAUACUGUACUAGGAGGCUCUAUUCUGCGCUCAAGGGACUCGGAUUAGAUGUUAGCGAGCCCGGUGGUGCCUUUUACGUCUACCCGUCCUUUUCACCAUAUGUCGCGCAGCUACAUAAGCUCGGAAUCUCCACCAGUGCCGAUCUUUCAGCGUGGCUGAUACGAGAAUGUGGACUGGCUGCCCUCCCCGGGUCCGCGUUUGGAGAGGACGAUGACGGGCCCCUGCAUGGACGGUUCCGGCUGCGGAUGGCCACCAGCUACCUGUAUUUCCAAAACGAGGCUGACCGAUACGAGAGGGGUUACAGCCUCCUGGAGCGCUGCGCCUCCGGGGAAGAGAUAGAGCUCCCUUACUUAGAGGAGGCGAUCAGGGCGCUGGAAAAUGCCGUGCAGAAGCUAGAAAACGUCGGUUACUGACUGUAUAUAUUUUCUUCCCUACCUUUGCACAUGGUAAACGUGAUCACUUGCAAGAUUAAACAUAUAUUGACUAUGAGACAAGACAUGGACUUUGACCUCUGAAAGCUAUUGGAAUAGCUAGUGAUGAUACUUUGAUUCAAUGCUUAAACAAUAAUUGACGGACCAUGGUCAACUUUAUACCUGAUGUAUUUAGGAGUUAGGAAGAAAUAGAUACUAUAUCGGUAGAUAAAGGCAAAAGAUAUAGGCUAAUGGAUUAUAAACACACUAGUG